ACACAUAUCUCUCUGUCAUUGAAUCAACUCCAACCUUUCACUUAUAGUAUUAAUUCUGUGUGUUUGCACAAAGAAAACAAAAAUGAAAGGCAAAGUUGGUGAGAGAUUCUCUGAGUUCUUUGAGAAAUGGGCAUGUCAACUGGAUGAGUAUCUACAACUGCUACUGAGGGCAUCAAAACAGAGAGUUAUUAAUACCGUCUGUGAUCAGCGAGAGCUACAAACUUUGGUGUCAAAAGUGACACAGCAUUACAAAGACUACUUCACUAUCAAAUGGUCUUUAGCCCAUGAAGAUGUGCUUGCAUUCUUUUGUCCAAUUUGGGGUAGCCCUUUAGAGAAUGCAUAUUCAUGGUUUACUGGAUGGAAACCUUCAACGAUAUUUAAACUCAUUGAUUCAACGAGAAUAAAUCGAGUUCCUGGGUCGAGUCUUGCCGAGCUGACACAGGAACAGCUGAGAAAGAUUGAGGAGCUGAGGGUGAAGAUAAGGUUAGAGGAAGAGAAGGUGGAGAGGGAAAUGGAGAGGCAACAGGUAGCUAUGGCAGACAGGAAGAUGUUUGAGUUGGCAAGGUUGACAGGCCGGGUCAAGGAUAGCGAAACAAUGGAUCAGUUCGACGGGUUGGUGGAGGUGGCAAUGAAGGGACUGAUGGCGGGACUAGAGAAGGUUAUGAAAGCAGCAGACUGUGUUAGGCUGAGGACUUUGAAGGGAGUUUUGGAUGUUUUAAGUCCAUUGCAGUGUGUGGACUUCUUAGCUGCAACUACUAUGCUCCAAAUUCAGCUAAGGCAAUGGGGAAAGAGAAGGGAUAGUAUUAGCAGAAAGGAGUAGUUGUUAAUCUUUUUAGGGUUUUAGGGCUAGCUUUUCUGUUUUUCCGUUUCUUUCUGAUGGUUUUUUUCCCUCCUGGUUUUGGUUCUUCAACCUUUUUUUCUUCUUGCAGAUCGACUCGAUGCCAAUCUUGUGUUUUAUA